UUAUUCAGCCGUGAACUCCACAAAAAUGGGUUUACUCCCGCUGGAGUUCAGCGAGUGUUACUUGGACAGUCCUAACUUCAGAGAAAAGAUCAAGGCUCACGAAGCGGAGCUCGACAGAACAAACAGGUUCAUUAAAGAACUCUACAAAGAUGGAAAAAAUCUCAUCAACGCCACGAAACAGUUGGGGAUGGCCCAGAGGAAGUUUGCCCAGUGUCUGGGAGAGUUCCAGUUUGAGUAUAUUGGUGAUGCUAAGACAGAUGAUGAGAGAUGCAUAGAUGAGUCUCUUCAGGAAUUCUCCUCCUUUUUGAAGAAUUUGGAGGAUCAGAGGGAGCUAAUGAUGAGCAACAUCACAGAGACUCUGAUGAAACCUCUGGAGAAGUUUCGAAAAGAGCAGUUGGGUUCAGCAAAGGCGGAGAGGAAAAAGUAUGAGAAAGAGACGGAGAAGUACUACAGCUCCCUGGAAAAACUCCUCAACAUGUCAGCAAAGAAGAGAGAGCAGCUGUUACAGGAGGCGGACGUGCAGGUGGAGACCCUGCGGCAGCAUUUUCAGGACGAGUCACUGGAGUACGUCUGCAAACUGCAGGAAAUCCAAGAGAGGAAGAAAUUUGAGUGUGUGGAACCUAUGUUGGCCUUCUUCCAGACUGUGUUUACCUUCUAUCAUCAGGGAUAUGAAUUAGCCAAGGAUUUCGACCAUUAUAAGAGGGCCUUACAGAUCAAUAUUCAAAACACGCGGAGUCGUUUUGAAGGUACGCGAUCCGAGGUGUACGAGCUGAUGAAGCGCACUAAGGAGACGCCUCAGGAGCACAGGCAGACCAGUCCAAUCAGCUUCGAGGGCUACCUCUACGUACAGGAAAAACGACCUCCUCCGUUCGGGUCGAGCUGGGUCAAACGCUACUGCACCUUCGUCAAAGAGCAGAAAAUCCUUCACAUGGUGACCUUUGACCACAGGUCUGGGGGCAAGCUGGGUGAGAACGAGUCUGUGACACUCAAGUCGUGCGUACGCAAAACGACAGACGCUCUUGACCGCAGGUUCUGUCUCGAUAUCGAGAUCGUGGAUCGACCUGGGACGGUCCUCACGGUUCAGGCACUGUCCGAAGAUGACCACAGAUUCUGGAUGCAGGCCAUGGGCGGGAAAGAACCGGACUUUGGACAUACAUAUGCGAAAGAAAGAGGAAUCGACGCACAGCUGGAUGAGGUUGGCCUGUCCUUUGUGAAGAACUCCAUCAAAGCUAUAGAGCUGAGAGGAAUAAACGACCAGGGCUUGUACAGGGUUGUUGGGGUGAGCUCGAAGGUUCAGAAGCUGCUGGCUCUGAUGAUCGAUGAGAAGAGCGAUGUGGACUUGUCAGCCAGUGAGGACUGGGAUGUGAAAACCAUAACCAGUGCUCUCAAACUCUACCUGAGGAGUCUCCCAGAGCCUUUGAUGACCUAUGGCUUGUAUAAAGAGUUUAUUGUCCCUGCAAAGACUGGUAGUCCGGAGUCUCGUGUUGAAGCCAUUCACUGCCUGGUCCACAAACUCCCUGAGAGAAACAGAUUACUGCUCAGUCUGGUUACUACACAUCUAGCCAAUGUGGCAGCCCACAGUAAGCAGAAUCUGAUGACAGUGGCUAAUCUCGGCGUGGUUUUUGGUCCGACGCUCAUGAGGCCUCAGGAGGAGACAGUUGCUGCGAUUAUGGAUCUGAAAUUCCAGAACAUCGUGGUGGAGAUCCUCAUCGAGCACCAUGAAAAGAUCUUCGGAGAUGUUCCCAACGACUGCUCCUCCUUCUCCGCUGUCCAGCCCUCGGCUCCAACGCGACAAUCUAAGAAAGUCGGACGCCAAAACCGACCUCUCGCUGUCUACAACCCUCAGGUGGUGGAUCUACAGACAGGCACUCGGUCUCCUGACUGUCCGUCUCCGGCCGUUGACGACGUGUCGCUGGGCAGUAACGAAUCUGUCUCAUCUCAGUCCUCCGCUGGUUCAGGAACGCCGCCGGAAAAAUCCAGACUUCCCCACGGGAACAGCACCGCGGCCCCGUCAGCACCCGACACCACCGACACCACCACGCUCAGCACCGCCGCUAACAGCACCAGUGCGUCUACAGCGAUGGCUUCAUGGAUGAACUCUGCUUCUACCUCAGCACCUCAACCCAGACCCACUGCUGACGGAGAAAAACCAAAAGAGAGUGUCAGUCUAAUGAAAGCCAAGGCGGUGUAUCCGUGCGAAGCAGAACACGAUUCAGAACUCUCCUUCCAGGUCGGAGCAAUCUUCCACGACGUGACUCACUCCCGGGAGCCUGGUUGGUUAGAGGGAGAGCUGGAGGGGAAGAGGGGUUUGAUCCCAGAGAAUUACGUGGAGAUCCUAUAGCCCCACGAGCCUGCCACACGCCCUCUCUCUCUCUCUCUCUCUCUCUCUCUCUCUCUCCUCCACGCCUGCUCUCACUCGCUCCACGUAUAUACAUGGUAUCCAUGACGACGUCAUCCCUCGUUAGCACCCGCGUACCUUUCUCGCACGCCUGUCGACACGCGUCAUGAGCAGAUCUCUUUGUGUGAACCGGAGGUGGCCGUGCGGGUUUUGACCUUUUUUGGCCGAACUCUGUCUCCUUAAAGGAUAAAGCAGAACCCCUGAACCCCCUGCUGCUCUGUGGAAACGCUACAGAGUCGGUUUGGGACGAAGACCAGCCUC